CAAGAGUCAACGCAGACGCAGUCCCCAUUUCUAGGGUUCUCGUCCGCCGUCCAGCAGCUGCCCACCGGCGCGCCCCCACCUCGCCGCCGGCGGGCAGCCGCAAGACCGCCGUCGGCCGCCUCCACCCCCUCAUCCACCUCCAUUCGCUCCGGCCUCCUCUCCUCCGCUCCGCGGCCGCCCCCGUCCACCUCGGCCACAGUGACCGGCCGCCGCAGGAGCUCGACCAAGACGACGGGCCGCCGCAGGAGCUCGACCAAGACGACGGGCCGCCGCAGGAGCUCUACCCCGGCACCGCCUUCGCCGUCUCUCUUCUUUCGCACGGCCUCCCUGUGCCCACCGGCUCGACCACGACGGACGGCUCCGUCGCAGUUCGACUGUGAGGUGCCCUGCCUAGUGCGUUGAUUCUUCGGAAGCAGAUGGCCAAUACCCGGUCAGGAGGGGCGAACAAUGAGGGGGCAGGGGGCACCAGUGCAAGGAAAGGCAGCGCCGCCACCAGUGCAAAAGACCCCAAGUCUGCAACGACCUCCACCUCAUCCGCCAGUGGAAGGGAGUCUAGAAGCUUGUCCACACGUGAAACAAGCGAUGAGCAGAAGCCAAACCUCAGGAGGUCGAACCGAGAAACAAAAGGAAAGAAUCCCAUUUUGACCACCAGUUCUGCCUCUACACCGGUUCCGCAGAAAUCUAUUAGGGGCAGAAGCAACCCCAGCACACCUGGUACCCCGAAAUCGUCAGCAAGGAAGCUAAAAGGGUCGAUGAGGAAGGCUAGUACCCCAAGAACAUCCGACAGAGUAAAGAAAAGUACUGUUUCAGCUUCUACUGCUUCAAAUGAUGCAACUGGAGUUUCUAGUCCAGUGGCUACUCCCGACAAAGCCGUAAAAAGAGAAAUUGAUGAACAUGACUCAACAAAGAAUGAUGCUUCCGAGAGUGGUACUAUGCCAUUGAAGAAGCAGAAAAGGCUAACCGCACAGAGCUAUACAAAUAUCUUCAAGACAUCUUCUGAAGAAUAUGAAAAAUCUCCUGCCUAUGAGGGAAAUGCUUCCAAGGUACACACAGAAGACAAUGGCUCUGUUUUGAGGUAUGAAGAAAGUGGCGCACAUGAAGAAGAUAACCAGGCACAUUUAAGUCAAGUCGCCAAUAAUUUUUUGGAAGGCUAUACUUCUGGCCUGUGUGAAGUUCCCAAGGUGAUAUUGGAGACAGAUGGGUUGAAAACUGAUGUUGAAAAAUCUGAAGAAGAUAAACAGGCAUAUUCAAGUCAAGUCGUCAAUAAAUUUUGGGAAGGCUAUACUUCUGGCCAGUGUGAAGCUCCCAAGGUGAUAUUGGAGACAGAUGGGUUGAAAAAUGAUGUUGAAAAAUCUGCUCCCAUUUCAGAGGACUUGGUUACAUUAUCAAGUCCUGUACAGGCACAUAUGACUGUUGAUCUGUGCUCAAGCAGUCCUGCAAUGGAUGCUACAGAGCCAACUGAUGACUGUUCAGAGUUCGCACUUCAUGUUGCAAUGGGCCAGAAAGCGGAUUCAUCAAAAUUUGUGGAGUAUUGGGUUCCUGCUCGCCUUUCACGAGUGCAGCUAGAAAUGUACUGUUAUACCUUACUUUCAAACUCGCCUGCGCUUCGAUCACAUUCAAAAACUGACAGUGUUGGUGCUCUUCGCAACAUUCUUGUAUCCCUCCGGAAGUGCUGCGACCACCCUUAUCUAGUAGAUAAAACGUUGCAUUUAUUACUUACCAAGGGACACCCAGUAACUGAUAUCCUAGAUAUUGGAGUGAGUGCAAGUGGCAAGCUACUGCUUCUUGACAAAAUGCUCCAAGAAAUCUGGAAAAAAGGGCAGAGAGUUCUUAUCCUUUCCCAGUCUUGUGGUGGGGCUGGCAAUCCAAUGGGUGACAUUUUGGAUGACUUUGUCAAUCAAAGAUUUGGUUUUGAGUCAUAUGAGCGCGUGGAGCGUGAUCUCAAUGUACGAAAGAAACAGGGUGCAAUGAGUAUGUUCAAUGACACGACUAAGGGCCGGUUUAUUUUCUUGAUUGAUAGUCGUGCGUGUGUCCCAAGCAUUAAACUAUCAUCAGUUGAUGUCAUCAUCAUAUAUUGUAGUGAUUGGAAUCCCACAAAUGACUUGAGAGUCCUCCAGAAGAUCAGCAUAGAGUCACAAUCCGAGUGUGUGCCCAUUUUUCGUUUGUAUUCGUCUUGUACAGUGGAGGAAAAGGCUCUUAUACUUGCAAAGCAUGGUCAUAUUCUUGAUAGCACUGUCCAGAAUAUAAGGCCUAUCCUGAGCCAUUCUCUGCUUAGUUGGGGUGCAUCAUUUCUCUUCAGUAGACUCGAAGGGCUAAAAAACUAUGCAUGUUUACGCAAGGAUUCUGAUGCUGAGAAACUGUUCAUGGAUAAAGUACUUUUGGACUUAAAGAAGUUAUCCACUAAAGAUGAUCCCAGCACUAAGAUGAGCAAUGCAGCCAUAUCACAAGCUCAUCUGAGUGGACCUUUUUAUUCUAGAGAUAGUCUUGUAGUAGGUGAGAGGGAGGGGAUCUCUGCACCUGAUAGUGAUCUGCCAAAGUUCUGGGUAAAUUUGCUAGAUCAGAAGUCUCCUCGUUGGCAGUAUAUAACUGAGCAGGCACAAAGAAGCUGUAGAAAGAUACAAAACAUGGAAGAAGGGAACGUUCCUGCCGAUGAGGCUGAUGAAGGCAGUACCAAACGUAGAAAAAUUGCUGGAAUCUUGGAUUCAUCUGCAAAUGUUUUAGCUGGCGAAGACCAGGACUCAAUAUUGCCUGAAACUAAUACGGCAUGUAGUUCUCGUCGAAAAAUUGCUGGAAUCUUGGAUUCAUCUGCAAAUGUUUUAGCUGGCGAAGACAAGGACUCAAUAUUGCCUGAAACUAAUGUGACAUCUAGUUCUCAUCAAAUAUCAGUUGAUGACACAUGGCAGGAACAAGGGGUGGAAAAUCUUCAAGACACACAAAAAAGUCUUCACAUCCAGUUGAAGCCUGAGAUCUCAAAGCUAUAUGAAUUGUUUGAACUACCGGGGAGUGUUAAAUGUUUAUGUGAAGAACUUCUUGAGUAUACUUUGAAGAAUCACCAAGUCAGUCAGGUGCCAAAGGACAUACUGCAUGCAUUCAACAUUGCACUGUGCUGGCGUGCUGCUUCUCUCUCAAGGCAUAAAGUCGAUCAUAGAGAAUCACUGGCCCUUGCUGUAGAACAUUUGAAGUAUGAGUGCAGUGAAACUCUUGCGGAGAAGGUUUAUAAGAAGCUAAGGGUCCUAAAGAAGGAGUUCUCACAUAGAGUAGGCAGAACAAGCAAGAGUAAUCAAUCAAUUUCAGUAAAGAACAUAUCACCAUACCAGCAGGAGACCUCAACUAAAUAUGGAUGUGACAAAUCAAUCCCUAAGCAGGCAGGUGACAAAUCAAUCCCUAAGCAGGCAGCGUCUGUUGGUGGGAAUGAAUCACAUCAAGAGGAUUCACAUGACUUAGUGAUUGAGCCUAUUGUACCAGGAGAGAAGGAAGUGCUAUAUGUUCCAGAGAUUCAUGAAAAACAACAUUUAUCAAAGGAUGCACUUCUUAAUAGAAUCACAGAGAAAAGAAUUAAAUUAGUUGACAUGGUUUUCUCCUUGAGAGAAAAGAAUAUCCAUGAUAAACAAACAAAUGAGGUCGCAAUGUUUGACAUUCACAGGCACAAGGGAGUGGAGAAACUGAGAGAAGCAUGCAGAAUAGUUGUGGAACAUCUUCGUAGGUCUCAAGCUGCUCCAGAGGACAGAGGUAGUCAAAGAAAGCUAAUAGUUGAAUGGUUCACUAUGUUACUAUAUGCGUUUCUGAAGCACAUGAGGUACCAGCGUGAGAAGCUUGACUUGCAGCAAUCAAUGGUGUGGACCAAGGAGUUACAGUUGAAGGAAAAUUUCCUUCACGAAGCAAAAUUUGGCCAAUUAGAUCUUACUUUUGAUGAACAUAUUUAUUUACCAGAUUCAGGCUUUGCUAUUGAGGAAUUCAGCCAUUUUAGCUCCUGUGUUGAUACAGCAACUUCGGCAAACUGUCUGCAGUCUUUGCAUGAAACCUCAGCGAUGGAAGUUACAUUGGUUCGUAGUGUGAUUCCAUCUGAUGUUAUCAAUGCAGAAGCAGCGAGAAAUGGUUCUGCUGAAGUUCUUAUCCACAAUGGGGGAAUGCCAGCAUCAGAAGGUAUUGGUUUGACAGAGAACACGAUCAGCAAUAUUUUUGAUUGCAUCGACUCGCAAGGAGGGGCAUCUCUGGCUGUUCAACACCAAGUAAAUUCUAGUCCUGCAAUUGAUAAUUCUAUUAAUCAGGAAUCUUCAAGUGGUGACGAUAGAAGGACUGAACAUGUUGGGCGACAGAGUGGUGUGGGUUCGCAACCAUUACCCGGAGAGACUGACCAACAUUUAGGAGAUGCUGAAAUGGAAGUUAACACCGGCAAUGGGGACAAUACUCAGGCAGAUCCACCUUACCUAGAACCACAGAUUGUGGUUCCUGUGCCCAGCCAGGCUUCCUUGCAAAUGUCCAACGAAGUUGAAGCUGAGGCCAAUCUUUUACUGCAGUCAGGCCAACCAAUUGCAGCUCCAGCACAACUUCUGCAAAGAGAGGCAGAACAAGUAGACCGUUCUGGUAUGAUACCAGCUCAGACUUUGCAACCUGAAAUGCAACCAUCAGCAUCCAGGGAAGCUUAUAUGCAGUCAGAUCUGAUAAUUCAAUCUGCACAACCAAGUAUGGUGCCAACUGAGCUUUCACAGAGAAAUGUAGAACAAGCAAGCCUUUAUCGUGUACCAUCAUCUCAGUGUUUGCCAUCUGGAAUGCACCCAUGGGUUCCACUGUCCAGUAUUCUGCUUGAAAGAACACACUCUGAUCAGUGUCAACCAAGUCAUCAACCCGAGGCUGCACUUGGUUCUUCAGCAAAAAUGGUGGCAUCAAUGGUGUUUAAUCAUCCACCAGUUGGUGAUGAACCACUGAAAAAUGAGUUGCACAGAUUGCGGUCAUACAUUGACUCGCUUAAUAAAACCAACGAACUAAAGAAAUCACAACUUAGGACUGAGUGUAGCCAAGAAAUAGACAAGGUCAAACAAAAGUAUGAUUUGUUACUUCAAGAACAGGAUUCCACUCAUCUUCAGCAAACAAGGACACUUGAUAAUUUAUGUGAGAAAGUUCUCCUCAACCAGUCAAUAGCUGACUAUUUUCGGGCUAAAUUCAUAUCUUCUUCUGGAGCACAAGCUAGAGCCCACAGCCCUCCAAAUCACCAGACACCCCAGGCCUCUCAGCAAGUUCCCCCGAGGCCUUCAGCGGUGGCAUCGACUGCAUCACCAGCUGCGUCGUCAUCAGCUGGUCGACCACUAGUGUUGACACAUCAUAUCCAACCAUUACAGGUCGACCGACCAUCACCAUCAUCGCCAGCUGAUCCACCACCACAUGUCCAACCAUUAAAGGUCGAUCGACCAUCACCAUCAUCACCAGCUGGUCCACCACCACAUGUCCAACCAUUAAAGGUCGAUCAACUAUCACCAUCAUCAUCGCCAUCUUCACAAGUUGUCAGACCUCGCCCCUCCAUACUAAACAACAUUGUCAGAUCACCGUCAACUACUUUUAGUCUCGCGCCAGUUCUGCCACGGGGAAGCUUUGGAGUCCAGAGUGAUCUAGCACGUGCACGUGCACCUGCUCCUCAUCUUCGGCGCAGGUUGCCUCCACAGGUGCAUUCGAUGGCAUCUGCAAAUCAGCAGCAGCUUCCAACUAAGCUGGAGAGCAUUUCUGCAAGGACACGGGCUACCCCUGUGACUCCAGUAAAUAUAAGACAAUCAUGCCCACAGGCAGUUCCCCCAGGGAACCCAUCACUGUCAAGUUUGCACCCAAGUUUAUACCCCACUUUAGCCGCACUCUUGGGGCCAUCAAGUUCACAUCAAAUUCAGCAGGUUCCACUACUGCCAUCAAGUUCACAGCCAACACGCUUGUCGUCACCAGUACCUUCAACUCCAAAUCCAGUUCUGCCACUAACAUCACCGCGAGGUUUGACUAUGACAUCUAGCGUUUCCUCAGCUGCGUCGAAUGUGUUGCCAAGUAGGGGUGUUGGGCCUUCCGCAUCAGGCACGCUGCAGUCAGAUCCUGAUCCAGCACGCUGGAUGAAUGGCUAACAGGAAGGCUUGGGCUGCACAGUGAUCCCCAUGGCGUGGCUGCUCCUGCAGAUGUGGUAUUGCCUAUCUGAUGAUGAAGAGACUGAUGACCAAACCAAGCAAAAAUGACGCUCAUCGCUGAAGAGCUCUCCAACAGAAGGGUUGCUUGCAAACAAAAUAAACUGAUGUCCAUGUAGUGCAACUGUUAGUUUCUGCUAGAGUUGUAUUAUGUUCCAUGUGUAGUAUGUAUAUUCUCCCCGUUGUAUGAGGGGUUUCCUGCAUAUUUACCACCUAUAUAUGUAUAUAUGUACUGGCCAUUGGCCCUGAGGAAAGACAAGUUGCAUAUUUCAUCAGUUGCAUAA